AUGGAUCACACUCUGGCGAUUGACUUUGGAACGUCAAACUCGGCGGCGUACAUUUUCAAGAGAAAGAUGGAGGUUUUAACAGAUAGUAACGGAAACUAUCUUUUUCCAUCUUAUGUAAUGUACAACGGCGACGUCGCCGUCAUCGGAAAUAUUGCAAAAAUCAAUCUGGGCAAACCUGGGAAGUAUGUUGUAGCCAGCGUGAAGAGACUGAUUGGAUUGAGAUACGAGGACUACGAGAAAAUGGAUCAAAAGAAUAUUUUUGGAUGUGAGGUGGUUCGGGGUGAAGAUGGCUAUCCCCGUUUUGUCGUGAAUAAUCAAGGUGGACUGAGGAGUUGCAUCGAAGUGGCGUCCGAAAUUUUCAAAGCGAUCAAGAAGCGGGCGGAUUACUAUGGUUCCCCGAAUGUGUACGACGAAGCGUAUCUAACGAUCCCUGCUAACUUCGAUGCUCGCCAGUGCAAAGCAAUCAAGCUGGCUGCAACGCUCGCCGGUCUAACUGUCCGCAAACUGAUUGCUGAGCCCACGGCCGCCGCUCUCUCGUACGUUCUCAACUCAGAUCUCACAUUUUUGCCGCAAGAGAAGAUGAUCGUGUACGAUUUUGGAGGAGGCACUUUUGAUGCCUCCUUGUUGACCUAUGACGAGAGCAGUGGAAUCCAAGUGCUUGGAGAAAACGGGGACAACCACUGCGGAGGGAACGAUGUUGAUCUCGCUCUGUGCGAAUACAUCCAAAACACAGUGAGGGAGGAAGAACACAUCGAGCUGAUUCCUCCGUCCAAGUCGGCGCGCCGAAAGAGCAGCCGGUUGCGCUCCAUUACAGAUAUUGAUCUCUCCGAGGUCAACGACGCGCUCGAUACCUUUACAAUCACCGCUGCCACGCUGGGCGUGAUCAUUAACCCCAUCAUCAAACGAACUAUUGAUUGCGUGGUCCGUCUGCUGGAAAACAACGACCUCCAGCCGGGAAACAUUUCUUACGUCUUCUUAGUGGGCGGUUCAUCGAAACUCGCCUCUGUCACCAAAAGUCUCCAAACUCUCUUUGGAUCAUCUUGCCAAUUUCCCAGCGUAGAUCCCGACCAUUGUGUAGCAUUUGGAGCCAUGUGUCUCCUCCACUCGGAUUGCACGAAUCCCAAAGCGUUACAGAAGUCGCUAUCGACGUCUUAUGGACUAGGGAUUGGCAACGGACAGGUUCUCAUAAUGUUGAAGAAGGGUUGCACGCUCCCUCUCACAUCGCGGUAUUACACGUUCACCACCACAGUGGAGCGGCAGCAGCAAGUGAACAUGAAAAUCUAUCAGCAUUCCGGGAAUGUAGACUUGACAGAACGUUUCUCGAUGGUUUCUGAAAAGAAUUGUCACUAUAUAUUUGACUUGGAGUUGUCACUGCUAAAGAAGAGGAUUGUAGCUCCUGCGAUGAUAGAUAUCACGUUUUCGUUCGAUAUUGGAGGUGUUCUUUGUGUGCGGUGCUUCCGCCAUGAUAAUCAAGAACUACUGUACAACGAGGUGUUUGAACCUUUGUCUGGAACUUGA